UUGAAAUAACUCCCCCCUCUCUUCAAUUGAAGCUGGUCAAAAUCAACCUUUUUGGAAUGGAGAUCUCUCUCUCUGUCCAGGAAAUUGCGUUGUAUUCAUAUUUUCUGACAUAAACUUCCAUUUACCCUACUGACAGUUACAAUUCUUUUGUUUACGAAAAAUCAGCUGGCAUUGAUAAAAACGUGAAAAUGUUUACUUUUACCAUAGUGUUUAAUAAUUUGUGCAUUUAAAUAUUGUCAAGUUUUUAUUCGUCUAAUAACUGCUAGUGUGAUUUGAACUUUUGUGAUCUUGAAAAAUAUUAAGACGAAAUUUUGUGUGUAUAUUUUUACAAGUGUGAUACAUCUUGAAAAGUGAUACUACAAAAAUGGAUGUUAAGAGUCUAGAACAUCCGACAUUAAAGGUGCCAUAUGAAUUGUUGAAUAAAAAAUUUCGUUCAGCACAAAAGACAUUGGAUCGUGAAGUAUCUCAUGUACAGUCAGCGGCAAAUGAAUUAGAAAAAGGAUUAUCCGAAGAUGGGGCACAAGUUCCUACUGGAGAUAUAACGAGUCUUUUGGGUGGUGUUGUUGCUCGUCUUCAAGUUUUAAAACGCAAAGCCGAGGAAUCAAUAGCCGAGGAACUUCAAGCUGGAAUGGUGUGUAAACGACGUUUAGAUCAUUUAAAAGAUCAUUCAAAUACAUCACCAAGCGCCGUUAAUCAAUGGCGACGACAAAGACUUGAUCGAAUGUUGGUCGAAUAUUUUCUUCGAAAAGGAUAUUAUCAAACUGCAAUGAAAUUGGCUGACACCAGUGAACUUCGUGAUUUGACUAACAUUGAUGUAUUCAUGGUGUCAAAAGAAGUGGAAAAUUCACUGGCAAAUCACGAGACAGCUCGUUGUUUGGGUUGGUGUCAUGAUAAUCGUUCGAAAUUACGAAAAUUGGGAAGUACAAUGGAAUUUAAUUUACGAGUUCAAGAAUUUAUUGAAUUAGUUCGUGCAGAUCGACGAUUGGAUGCUGUGAAACACGCGAGAAAAUGUUUCUCAAAUUAUGAUGAUUAUCAAUUGCAAGAGAUUCAAUGUUGUAUGGGACAAUUGGCUUUUCCUGCCAAUCCUUAUUUGAGUCCCUAUAAAGAUUUACUCGAUGAGAAACGUUGGGACAGACUCAUUGAACAAUUUCGUCAUGAGAACUAUCGACUGUUUCAACUCGCGAGUCAAAGUGUAUUUACAGUUGCCCUUCAAGCUGGUUUAUCUGCAUUAAAAACACCACAAUGCUAUGGAGGCAAUAAAGAAGGACGAAAUCCAAGUUGUCCGGUUUGCAAUGAAUCUCUUAAUGAAUUGGCAAAUCCAUUGCCAUUUGCCCAUUGCUCUCAAUCAAGAUUAGUUUGCAGUAUAAGUGGUACACCUCUUAAUGAAUACAAUCAACCCAUGAUGAUGCCCAAUGGUUAUGUUUAUGGUGAACAAGCUUUGGAAAAAAUGGCUCACGAGAAUAAUGGAACGGUAAUCUGUCCAAAAACCAAAGAAGCGUUUGCUUAUAAAAAAAUAGAAAAAGUUUAUGUCAUGUAACAAAAUUAACAUCUGAGCACAAAGUGUAUUAUAUUGUUUCUCUUCUCUCUCUCUACAUAUUAUAUAUAUAUAUAAAUAAUAUCCUUUAAUUUAAAUAGUAUGUUUAUCUAAAUCGUAAAAAUAAAAAUAUAUUUUCAAUCAAAA